ACAUCGUGAAGCAUGUCUGGAAGAGGAAAGGGAGGGAAGGGUCUAGGAAAGGGAGGAGCGAAACGGCACCGUAAGGUUCUGAGGGAUAACAUUCAGGGAAUCACGAAGCCCGCGAUUCGGCGUCUGGCGCGACGUGGUGGCGUGAAGCGUAUCAGUGGUCUCAUCUAUGAAGAAACUCGCGGUGUUCUCAAGAUCUUCCUCGAGAACGUCAUUCGCGACGCUGUCACCUAUACUGAGCACGCUCGCCGCAAGACCGUCACUGCUAUGGACGUUGUUUACGCUCUCAAGAGGCAGGGCAGGACCCUCUAUGGUUUCGGUGGUUAGAGAUUUGGGGAGUGGAUUAGGGUUUCUCAUCAAUUUCGUUGUUGAUAGUUCUUUAGCUCUUCUUGUUUGCCUUUGAGUUGUAGCUAUGAGAAAUUUUAAUAUGUUUAUCUGAUUAACUUGGAUAUAUAUAUUUAUAUCGUGGCCUGGGUAGAUUCAUUGUUUUCUCGUUAUUUUGCUUGUGCCAAACUGAAUUUAAUUGCAAUGUUUGUUCUUUCGGCUAAGUU